AUGAUUAACACACUUCCAGCUAAUGUACGAAGCUUGUUCCCCAAGGAAAAUCUUCAUUUCGCCGAAAGUAUCAGUGAGGAAGAAUCGAAAAUACUGAAGGAGGUAUUCGAUAAACAUGCUACCUUCCACGAAGUAGGUGAAAUGAUAGCUGCGGUCGAAGCGAAGUCACCGGACUUGGGCAAGCGAAUGCGAACUGUAUUAGAUGGGAAUUGUGCUCGAUUGAAAGGAUUAAGCCCUGCAGCCGUUGAGUACAGCAAAAAGGCGAUUCAUUUCGUCACACACGUGAUGUGCUCUCUAACACUCGGUAAAACUUUGACUUACGAGGAGGCCGAUAAACUUCACAAGGAGUUCAAGGACCUCUCUGCAGCUGAUCAAGAAGCGCUGAAGAAGGCGAAUCCUGAGGUGCAGUUCUAA